GCACCGUUAUGUAAUCGUACUUUGACCCUCCUCGCUCCCACUAGCAUGUAAAAAACAAGGUGGGAUCGGAAGUGUUAUGGAAAGAGGCAAAAUAACGAAAAAACACAAAGGCACAUCUUCAGGCGGUGGGGACUGGGAGGGAAGGGAGAAAAACAUCAACAUGGUACAGCCAGAAAAGCAUUACAAGGUGUUUUUCCUAGCAGUGAUUACUUUGCUGGUUGCCAUUUGCGUGGCAGAAGUCCCCUUAUGCCACCCUCGGCAUAAGGCUACAGUAGUAAAGAUGGACGAGGCCUCUCUCACUGUGAACAAUGAGCUGGAAGCUGAGAUGGUCGUGAGUUGGCUAUCAGACCACUGCUAUCAGUGUGUGUACCAGCCCCUGGGUGUGGUGCCAGCAGGCCCUGGACCAGGCAUUCCCAGCUCAGUGGACUUCACCGUGGGCACACAGCAUGGCAUCACCCUGCAGCUCAACAGCAGCAGCCUCGUCAGCCUGGAACACUGCACGGUUCAUUUCCACUUUUGGGAGCAUGGUAACUACUCUCUGUGGGUCAAGAACCUGAACGACUCUUCAGUGGUCAACUGUUCCAUGGUCACUGACACAGAAACGGUCAACAGCUACCUGCCCAUCAUGGUGGCCUUUCUGUUGUUCACGGGCCUGGCGAUACUGUCUGCUAUUGGAGGCACAGUCAUGGGGCUGGACGUGGUGAAGAAUCUGAUGUUCCGAUUGGGCAACUCCAUGGAAACUGAGAGGCUCAUCAACUCAGAGCUGGGGUUUCCAGGCAGGACGGUGGAGACAGCCACAGACACCAUACUCCCCACCCCAGCCACCCCCAGCCGGAGGCUCCGAUCCCUGGACACUUUCAGAGGGUUGUCCCUGGUCAUCAUGGUGUUUGUGAACUACGGAGGAGGGAGGUACUGGUUCUUCAGACACGAGAGCUGGAACGGACUCACAGUUGCUGAUUUGGUCUUUCCCUGGUUUGUGUUCAUCAUGGGCACAUCUAUAUCCCUGUCUGUCAGCUCAGCCCUGCGGUGUGGUUUGUCUCGCUUCUCUCUCUUCACCAAGGCAGUCUGGAGGAGUGUUCAGCUCUUCCUCAUAGGACUCCUCAUCAUCAACCCCAACUACUGUCAGGGACCACUAUCAUGGGACUCCCUGCGUAUCCCUGGCGUGCUUCAGCGUCUGGCCUUCUCCUAUCUGGUGGUGGCGUCUCUGGACCUCUGUGUGGCCUGGAACAGCCUGGACAACCUUCCUGUGGAUGCUUGGUGGUACUCUGCUCGUGAGUUCCUGCUCUACUGGCCAGCCUGGCUGUGUGUGAUCGUCUUGGAAACCGUGUGGCUCUGUCUCACCUUCCUGCUUCCUGUUCCUGACUGCCCAAGUGGUUAUUUGGGCCCGGGUGGUAUUGGGGACAUGGGCCAGUACCCUAACUGUACAGGGGGAGCAGCUGGAUAUGUAGACCGCUGGCUACUGGGAGAGAACCACAUCUACCAAACACCUUCCUCGCGGGUGAUCUACAAGUCUCACAUGCCCUUUGAUCCAGAGGGAGUCCUUGGCAGCAUCAACUCUGUCCUCAUGGCUUUCCUGGGACUACAGGCAGGAAAGAUCCUCCUCCACUACAAGGAUCAGCAUUCCAGUAUAAUGGCCCGGUUCCUCAUAUGGAGCCUGGUUCUGGGAAUCAUAUCAGCCACUCUGACCAAAUGUUCACUGAAUGAAGGCUUCAUCCCCAUCAACAAGAAUCUAUGGUCUCUCUCCUACGUGACCACCCUGGCGUGUUUUGCCUUGCUGCUUCUGGUGUUGAUCUACUACACAGUAGAUGUGAGGAGGUGGUGGUCUGGGGCUCCCUUCUACUACCCUGGUAUGAACUCCAUCCUGGUGUACGUGGGACACGAGGUCCUGGAGGAGUACUUCCCGUUCCGCUGGCGCAUGGCCAACAACCAAUCCCACGCAGAGCACCUGACCCAGAACCUAUUGGCCACUUCCUGCUGGGUCCUCAUCUCCUUCCUGCUGUACAGGAAGAACAUCUUCUGGAAGAUCUAGAGGGCCAGGACACGUUUCAAUAGUCUUUCUUCAAGUCCUCUAAAGAUUUAGGGGGAAGGUCUAAGGGGCCGGGCUGCGUCUCAUAAAUAUUUUCUCAAGUCUUUCUGAAGGAUCUGCUCUCUUCAAUUCCUUGUGUCCUGUAACCAACGAUCCACUGGGAGAUGUCGAGCUGGGCCAUAUCUCAAUAGU